AAACCCUAAACCCUCCGAGCGGUUGGUGGUGGUGGUGAGGCGAAGGAGAGCGUGGAAGCUUCGAGCAUUUUUGCUUGCUGCGCAAGAAGAAGAGAAGGCGGCUAUGGCGAAGAGGCUGCUCCCGUCGCUGAACCGGGUGCUGGUGGAGAAGCUGGUGCAGCCCAAGAAGACCGCCGGCGGUAUCCUCCUCCCGGAAACAUCCAAGCAGCUGAAUGCUGCCAAAGUGGUGGCUGUUGGCCCUGGUGAGCGUGACAGGGAGGGUAAACUGAUCCCUGUUGCUCUGAAGGAAGGUGACACUGUUCUCCUGCCUGAGUAUGGUGGAACUGAAGUCAAGCUUGCUGCUGAUAAAGAGUACCUCCUCUUCAGAGAGCAUGACAUCUUGGGUACACUCGUGGACUGAUUUGAGACAAUCAGGAAACUCAUCACUAGUCAGUCUAUUGUGAGAGAUGUUUUAGGUUUUGAUGCUACAAAACAAUCCUUGAAAAAUUCACGUGAUGAUGUCAUAGAAUUUUGUGGUGAACAUCGUUAACUGGAUGAAAAUGUUUCUGUUGAGAUGCAGUUGAGUAAUCUUCACCAUCUGAAGUGGUGCCAAUAA